AUGAAGGAUACUCCAAGUACCUCUGCAGAGGGUCAUGUCCUGUCAUGGGAGCCCAAAUGCAAUGUGUUCUGCAUCCGUCCAACAUCAUUUGAUUUGUUUAUUUGUUUAUCUGUUUUAUCACUGUUUUUAGCAACACUUGUCGCAACUGACUAUCCAGUCGUAAGCUUUAAUGCGCUUGUAUGUAGCAGCGCUGCUGGUGUAGCUGUUCUACUGACCCUUGCUGUGGUUUUGAGGCGUCAUGCAGCAAAGAGGAAGAAGCGCUGCAAAACGCCUGUUGAUUCAACUCUAAGCAGAAACACAGACACAGAAACUACUAGAGAGAGAAACAGGCCUGAGAUCGACCCAGUGUACGAGGGUCUGGGCCUGAAGCAGUACGAGUCUGAAGCAGAGUAUGGGAAUCUGGAAGCAGUGUCCCCUGGGAAAGUCUUGCAGGCGGAAGGGGGGCUGGCACAUGGGAAGGGUGACGAAAAUGAGUAUGAAUCUAUGAGGGACACUCUGAGCAGGGCUGGGAAGUAUGCAGAAAAUGAGUAUGAAUCUAUGAGGGACACUCUGAGCAGGGCUGGGAAGUAUGCAGAAAAUGAGUAUGAAUCUAUGAGGGACACUCUGAGCAGGGCUGGGAAGUAUGCAGAAAAUGAGUAUGAAUCUAUGAGGGACACUCUGAGCAGGGCUGGGAAGUAUGCAGAAAAUGAGUAUGAAUCUAUGAGGGACACUCUGAGCAGGGCUGGGAAGGAUGCAGAAAAUGAGUAUGAAUCUAUGAGGGACACUCUGAGCAGGGCUGGGAAGUAUGAAGGAAAUGAGUAUGAAUCUAUGAGCAGGGCUGGAAGGGCUCCGCAGUAAUGUGUGUGUG